AUGGCCGACGAAAACAUCAGCAACUUCAGCGCCAUCACCGGCUCCAGCGUCCAUGUUGCUCGCGGGUACCUUGAGCUUGCCCACGACGACUUUGAACGUGCUGUGGCCCUCUACUUCGAGAAUCCCGACUUAGUAUCUGGCAUGAGCGCUGCCAACUUAUCCAGCACUACCAACAACAGAGGAGCAACGUCAGCGGCUGCACCUCCGGCUACAUCAUCAACCCGCGGCGCCGUGUCCCGGGAGGACUCAAGCGGCGUGAUUCACAUUCCUAGUGACGACGAUGAAAUGGACUACAACUACGCCGAUAGUGGCGCCGAGGACAACCAUGAUGACGACGAAGACGGCAGCGGCCACCAGGCGGCGUUGCUCGCGGCCAGCUACGCACAGGAGGACGAGGACGCCGCCAUGGCCAGAAGACUGCAGGAGGAGUUCUAUCAACAGGGUGGUGGCGGCGCCGAAGCGGAUGUGCGCGCGCCAAUUGCGAGAACGACAGAGACCCUGGUCGCCCCGGAGUCUGCCUGGGGACCUGCAGAUGACCAGGCUAUUCUGGAGAGCCUUCGACGCCGCCGACCAGCAGCUAGAGGGCGCGGUGCUGGAUCUGCAGGCCCGUUUGCACAGCGUAUAUGGUCAGAUGGUGCGGCGCCGUCGUCCAGCACAGCGGCGAACGGCACGCACGCACGGCGACUCGAGGAUCUGUUUCGCCCGCCAUACGACCUCAUGGUGCGCAUGUCAUGGGAUGAGGCGCGCACCUUGGGCAAAGGCGACAUGAAAUGGAUACUGGUCAACCUACAGGACAUGAGCGAUUUCAACUGCCAAGCCCUCAACCGCGACAUCUGGAAAGAUCAGUCCGUCAAGGACCUGGUGUCAGAGAACUUCAUCUUUCUACAAUACGAUAAAGAUUACCCCGACGCCGAGGAAUACAUCAACCUUUACUUGCCCAACGGCACGCAUGAGAACCCCGACAACUACCCAUACGUCUCCAUCAUCGACCCACGCACGGGCGAGAAGGUCAAGGUCUGGAGCGGGCGGCCCUUUCCCAAGGCGAGCGAGUUCCACGCAGAGCUGGCCGAGUUCCUAGACCGGUACAGCCUCGAGUUCAACAGCAAGAACCCCGUGGCCAGGCCUAGCGGGCCCAAGCCAGCCGUGGUGGACGUCGACCGCAUGACGGAGGACGAGAUGCUGGAGAUGGCGCUCAAGAACAGCCUGACGGGCGGCGCCGGCGUUGGCGGCAGCAGUAGCAGCGGCGGCAACUCGGGCUCGACGCCCAACAUCCACGACCCGGACGCUUACACCAAAGCAGACGCGGGGACGGAAGAGACCAAGGACGAUGAUGAUGCGGGAUCCAGCGCAUUCGCGCAGAUCUCGUCGACGAACCCGCACACCGAGCCCGCCAACGACCCGGCGACGACGACGCGGAUCCAGUUCAAGCACGCCGACGGGCGCGUGAUCCGGCGCUUUGCCGUGUCGGACCCCGUGCGCACGCUGUUCGAGUGGCUCAAGGCGGCGCCGUUCGCCGGCAAGGAGGGCGUUGUGUUCGAGCUCAAGAAGAUGCCGCAGGGCCAGGACCUCGUCGACAGCCUGGACGCGACCAUCGAGGAGGCCGGGCUGAAGCAGGGGACCGUCAUGAUUGAGUUCAUCGAGGACUAG